CAGUGAGAGACCAGUCACAUGUUCUCCAAACUCCACACCCCAAAGCCCUUCGCUACCCCCUGCAGGACCUGGUAAAAUACUGGGUCUGCUGCCAGGCUCACAUUCAGACAUCCAGAGUUAACAUCAUGAAGUGGUUGGUUUUCCAGCUGGUGACACUCUACUGCCUGGUCAUCAUGCCAGUGACAGGAACUAUGAAAGAAAAAACUAAGAAAGUAACUCGUCGUCCAAAUUUCAUUGUAGUAAAACCGAAAAUGCGAGAUUGCUCGAGGUCACCUACCUACUACGAGUGCCAAAGAAAGUGCCAAUAUUCCUGGGACUGUGCUGUUGGGUAUGAAUGCUGCUUUGCUGCCUGUGGAAGUAUUUGCUUGAAUAUCCGACAAAUCGAGACCCAUAAGGACACUACACCCAGAACCGAGGCUGUAACUACUUUGUGUCACCCAACCACCAUUUGGAAUUAGGACCUAUAGACACCUACAAGGUGUCAGGCUAAUUCUACAUGAUGUCCAGUGGUAUGAUCGUCUUAUCCCAGCUGGGAGGCGGCAGGGAGGGGAGUGGAUGGGUCCCAAGGCAAUGUCUCUCCUAUUUGCCAACCCUCUUCCCUGAACCAUUGUAUAUCAGCUUCUUUUCCCUGAAAAAUAAACAGUGGCAUUAA